AGGACAAGCAUUCUAUUUACAGCGCCAUCCGGAGCGGAUGUUUUAGCAACGCGAAGCAACUUGAAAAAGCGGAAUUUCACUAUGUUUUGAAUGAUAUGAGCAACCACAACGUAGGAAUUCGGUCCGAAGCCAUGCCUAUCGACGUAAAGAGUGAUAACACUGCCAAAGACCCCGCGAGCCGAAGCACGACGGUGAGUCGCGAGAGUAGCUUUAGUAGUCUCGAGCUUGGAGCUUCAAAUUCCGUAAGCAGAGAAAGCAGUUUUUCAAGCAGCGGGAGCGGUUUUUUCGAAGGCGGGUCGUCAAAUCCCGCUUCGAGAACAAGCUCGUGGAGAUCGGACGAGGACCAGUUGAUAUCCAGCGUAACAGAUCAACAAUAUCAAAGAUUGCAUAACGCGAGAGCAAGAUUUCGCAAAGCGAGGCAGCCACCUUCUAGCGAAUCGUCCUCCACCGAGUUAUUCCAAACGCCACCCGAACGUGCCAGGCCACUGGCGAACUAUAAAAGACCUGAUAUUCACGGGCGAAGUUGCUCCGAACCCGAAAUAGAAUUGUCUCCGAUUUCAAGCCGAAGACAGCCAAGACUUUCCCCAACCAGCCCCGAAGGACUGAUUAUCUCUACGCCUCCUGCUCAAGGAUUUAUCGAAUACAGAAUGCGCUCACGGUCUUUUAAUGGAUCUGAACACAGCAACGAGGAAAGGCCAGAUGUAAAAGCUCUCAAAGACUUUUCUCGUACUUAUUUAGAAGUCCCCGGCAAUGGCAUGAUUAAAUGUCGAGGGAGCUCUCCAGUCAGCGAUCAAAAAGCAAAGGUAAACUAAAUUAGUUCGAUUUUGUUAGUUGAUCUUUUGUUCCAGAGUACAAGAAAUCUUUUAAAAUACUGAUUUUCUUCAGUUUCUAUUAUUUUUCAAGUAUAAUUGUGUACUAUAUGAAUGUGCAAAGUGUUAUGGCCAAGCUCAAGUACUGUGCAGUAUGUUAAAUUUGCAUGAAUGGUCACACUUCAGAAUUUCAUCACAGACCUUGAACAGACUUCAGUGUACUGCAUCGAAUAAAUAGCACCACAGAACAGUACUGAUUUUCUCAGUUACUUUGGUUUAAAUGGUCACAAAAUAGGAUUUUAUCCACCCACGCAAACGCUAGAACCACCUCGAAUGUAAUAUAAUACUGAACAGUACCACAGGAGGUUACAGCUCAGUAGCUUUCAUUUAAAUGGUUACACUUAAGUACUUUCCGAAAAAGUUAGAAUCAUCUUUUAUAGCCUAAUAAAUAGUGCCGCUGACUUCCCAAGAUUUCCGACCAUUUUCCGAAGACUUCCGAGCGUGACCGAAAAUUUCCGAAGAUGUUCUGACGACUCUUUGAGCACCUCCGAAGCUAUUUAAAAGGCGACAAUUUUAGCGUGUUUGGAAACAGUUAGAACACAGAGUCAAAAUUAAGGGCCUUUCUGGAAUAUUUUUGUGGAAGUUGAAUUGAAUUUUCGUUAUCAACCAUUUUUUAAAGAACAAUUUGUCCGGAUUUGGGAGUCAGGGGUGGGAAAUUGUCCUUGAUAUGUGAGAUCGAUGUCUUGUGCCUGCAGGCGCGAGACUCACGCUUAAUGCGUGCGUGCUGGCAGGUUUAAGUUUACCAGAAAGUUCUCUUCCGCCCUCGUAGACGUUGACGUUAACGAAGACAACUUGAAUAAUGAUGAAUCAGUACUGAAAGGAAAUCUGUAAGUAAUAAAAGCGACGUGCUCUCAAGGAUUAAGUUUUACCCCGUGACCUUGUCUUUUGCGCAAGUCAACUAAUUUGUAAACUAAACAUUGCUUUGUUUCCGAAUUUGGAACAGAUCUCAGGGAAGCAAGUUUCAUAUUUUAAUUAUUACUAUUAUUUUUUUUAUCUCAACAGAACUUGCCAACGGAUGUAGUUUCAGAAAACGAAACCGAUGAGCUAAGAAAGGUAAUAGAAAAGUAAAGUAUUGAGUUUGCGAUGACCGCUGAAUAAUAGCACUGACGACGCAUUAUUUCAAUAUUAGUCUCCAUUUGAAGUUAAUAUAUAGAGCCUUUUCACUUACGUGGCCAGCAUCUUGUCAAUUUAUUGGAACGAACGACAUUUUUCACAUAAGAAAAAGAAAAGGUUGAACUCCCAUUAGGGGCUCCCGUAAGGGAUGGGGGGAGGAGGGGGGCUCCGGAUUUCAAGUGUCAGGGAUGAUGGAAUGGGGGCAAAAAUCAAACCCCAAAAAAUCCAUGGACCAAAAAUUAACCCCCAAAACCUCCAAUGCAGAAUUUCCGAGCCUCAACAAGUUUGGUUGUACUUUAUUCGCAGAACUAUGCGGUCGGGAUUACAAACUCGUUUCCAGGGCUCUUUCCUUUCAGAUUGUUUUGAAUACCCAAAAAAAUCCCAACUUAAACCGAGCCACCCAAAAAAGUAAACGGAAUCAAAAAUUUCAACCCCCCAAAAAAUACUCCGAUCAUCCGUGUCACUUGAUGUUCGGGGUACACUUAACAGUAAAGGACCCCAAAAGAAUAUGCCACAGGACAUAGGAUAUAUAGGAGAUCGAUUGUUGAAAAAUAAACGCCUGUUCUGCAUUCUAAACCGAAUCACCCUGACAUCCUUACACUCUCCUAGUUUUCUUUGUCGCAGCAAAUACUAGUCCUAUACAUUCACUAAUAAAUAAAAUUCAUAAACACUCGAAGCAAAUUUUCUUGAUGAGAUUCUACCACGUGAUCUCCGAAUAACUGCCUACAAAUAAUGGUCAGCUCAUGCGCAAUGUCGUCCAACCGUGUUUGGCUGCAAAAAAUAUUCUGCUUAUGGGUGAAUAAAAUCAUGUUUUUCUCCUUCUUGCGAUCGCUCUUGCGUGAAAAUGGUAGGUCGCUUCGCUUCCCGAAGAUAAUCAUUACAAAACAAACUCGGUGAUCGAAUGAUAAAACAACUAUUGAACUCGGUUAUCACAAAAUAUCGUGACAUGUCGGCUUCGGCAAAUAAUUGACCUGCUCCCCUCUAACAAAUCACGAUAUUUUGCUCAACCUCUUCCAAUAAUUGUUAAUCAUCUUUGGUUUAUUCACCAACUUAAUAAGAGCGUUCUGUCACACAUUCUCCCUAUAACAGGAAAGGAAUGAUUUGCGCGAGGAACUAGAAAACCUCAGACGUGAAAGUGAGAGGUUGCAGUGCGAGCGUGACGCCAUGAAGCUGGAGCGUGACACCUUAUUACGAGAAAAAGAACAGCUACAGGCGGAACUCAACAACAGAAAUGAUGUCAUACACCAUCUUCAAGAUCACGUGGUUAGUAUAUUGCCUCCGACAGUAAUUUGGCCAUUGAGUUCAUAUAUAUGUUGCAGUUAAUUUUUUAACUGGGUUACUUUUUAUUUUUCUAUUGUUUUUGGGUAUGAUAAUGUAUGCUAAUGAAUUUCAAACAAAGGAAAAACAAAAAUUAACUAAAAUAAAAAAUUAACUGCAAAAUAUAUAACAUAGCAAAAACUGGCAGAGCAUUGGUGAAACUUGAAACUUCUUUUAAGCGAAAUAACCCGUUCAUUUAAUGGUACUGCUGCUGCUGCCGCUAAUGCUACUAUAGAACAACUACUACUGCUACUACUGCUAGACUGCUUCUACUACCACUGCUACUGUUGCUGCUACCGCUACUGCUACUACUUCCACGGCUACCUCUACUGCUGCUACUACUACUGCAUGUUACUGCUGCCUCUGCUACCGCUUCCACUGCCAUUGCCACUGCUGUUCCUACUACUACUGCUCUUGCUACUGCUACUACCACCGUUCUUCUGAUACUCUUACUGCUAUUGCUACUACUACUACUGCUGCUAUACUGCUACUGCUACUAGUCGACAAAUGCGUUCUGAUAACAUUAUACCUUUGCACUAAAGAGGUGCUUUUCUACAAAAGGGAUGCAAAAUCGUUCCUUAAGAACUAAUUUACUGUUUCUUUUCUUUCAGACAAUGUCCUUAGUGGUUAACGACCCAAACCCUUUUCCAAAAAAACAGCAAAGAUCAAAGUCAGAUAUACGACGUCCUGCAUUCUACUUCCCGGAGGAAAUAACAAAAACGAACGCCUAUACUUGUCUAUAA